GUUAGCUUAAUCCUCUCCUGCUACACAGCACUUGGAUGUGCUCAAGUACAGAUGAACGUUGCAUUGUGUGUGGCCCUGGAGCAGGUUAUUUUGCGCUAUUGGAUGUGGAAUACACCGCAAGAUAUGCUUGUAUUGUGCAACACAUUACUUGGUAAGCAAGGCAAGUUAGCAGCCAUAUUCAACACCACAACUCCCGGAUUCUGUGAUCAGCAGCGUGGCGGUGCUCCACCGGAACGCCAAUACACCAAUCUGCAUGUAUCAUUUGAAAUUUUGCGAGGUGUAAUCCUCUGUAUGCUCAGAGCUCUGAAAAUGACCGGCAUGGAAAUGACUUCGGAUGUGAUGCAGCGUUGCAAUGCAAAUUUCUGCUGGCCGGUCACGAUCAAUCGAACGUUCAGUGCGCAACUUGUUGGCUGCACCGUGGAUGACGGUAGUAAUACGGAUACAGUGAUGUGGGAAGAGGUACUGGCCCUGAUCACACAAGACGUACGCCAAAUGCAAGAUAUCAUUUAUUCGCAUGGGUUGGCAGCCGACGAGCAACUGCUCAAGAUAUUCACAUGUGACAGGAGACUGCUGAUGCUCUGUUAUGUAUAUAAUAUGCUAUAUGAGUUGAAGAAGGUGCAUCCCGUCUUGGGCUCAUAUCCUGAUUUGCAUAAUCGAAUUGCUGCACUGGCACACGUUAUACCAUCGAACAAAAUUGUCAAUACAAGUGCUUCUUUCUUCAAUAAAAUGUCUGAAUAUUAUUCUGCGGUGGACAUUAUACUGAUAAGAGCGAUGGAGACGCUUGUUGCUGACCAGCUGUUCUCGACAUUGAUGAUGUGUUUCAAGCCAUGCUACCGUUAUCACCCUCAGCCGGCAGCUUUCAUGUACAGCGUAUUGUAUUGUCUGGAUAAGACCAUAUCUCACACAGCUCGUGCCAGACAGUUCGUACUCGAAAUUUGCGGACAACUCGAGGAUAGGGAUGGCAAAUAUGCUUUGCUGACACCGUCGUUCAUUUCGGACAAUCAUCAGUUAUCAUUACCAUCGCAGUUCUGCCAGGCAUUGGUUGAUCGUAUUUUACAGGCAUCCAAUUAUCCGCAUCAGCCACCUGCGUUUGCUUACAAAGCUCUUACCGGUGCAUGCAUAGAGUUGCUUGCAUCACCACAUGCCCCAGCGAUCACUGCACGUGCUCUCAUCGAUCUCGUUUUUAUUCGACCGCUACAUCAACCGUAUGCUUUUUCCCUUCUUUUUUUUAGCCUUUUGCUUUGAAU